GAGAAUCCUAAUAAGCUCAAACUGCAAACUCCAGUCAAAAUUACCAGAAAAUUGAAUGACUCAGUAUGUAAGAAGGGGUUAGCAAAAGACAUUUUGGAUUCUGUUACUAUCCACAGAAAGAAACAAGAUCUGAAACGCUUAUCUCCUCAGAAGAGGCACAAAGUUGUUCAAACAACGAAACUGAUUACAGAGCAUCAGGAAUCAGUGGUUCCUGUUCGUGGCAUUCUGAAGAAUCAUAAAAAAGAUGUUCCCGUGCAGACUGCCUCGAUUUGCGGCAUUCAGGGUGGCAGUCAGGUGAAUCCUUGUGGCGUUCAACAUUCAGACAGGCAUGUCAGAUUUUCUGGUAAGGAUGACAUACUUGGACCAAGCAAGAGAAGUGUUUCUUCUUUUGAGAACAACAUUUUCAAGUUAUAUUCAGAUUCCAUAACUUCUUCAUCAGAAAAGGACAGGUCAACUGGAAGUGAGGAUGAAUUAGCUACCUUAAAUGGUAUCGAUGGUGAUGUUGUGUCAAUUAGCAUAGAACAUGGAACUGGUGUGCAACCUAUGAUUGAAAAGGACUUGUUCCCUCUCACUCAUGAUUGUGUUGAUAUACCAAAUUUUCAGAGGGCACACAUUACUUCUCAAGAAAAAUUAAAGCUUUUAUCAGACAAAUCUGUGCCCCUAUGUCAAGUUCCAUUAUGUGAAGAUAAUCUGUGUAUGUUUGAUCGAGGAAACCGAUUAACUUCUUAUGGACCUCCAUAUGCUGGUACUCCUAAACUUCUUUCUGCAUUAAACAAAGUAUGUAAUCCAUGUGUAAAUCCUCAAUUACGUGGUAGUGUUUCUAGAGCAUCCAAUUCCAGUGCAAAGUUCAUUGAUUAUUUUGAGAAUAAUUCCCAUGGAGUUGCUGAAAUGAGUUCGAUGGCAAAUAUGCAGCAAAUUCCUCAGUCUUCAUCAACAGGUUUUACUUUUAGUGAAAGUGCUAAACUGAGGCUUCCGUCUCUUGCCGAAAAUAUGACUGGCCAUGCUAUGCAGUAUCCACCAUGUUCUGAUCUGUCUACUAUGGAACUUAGGAGUAGUUUAUGUCCCUUUCCAGAGUGGAAGCAAAGAGCAGUUUCCUUCAGACAGAACUGCAUGAGUGAGGAAUUUUUCAGUUUGCCUCUCAAUUCUCAAGGUGAACUUAUCCAGGCAUCAAAUGGUAAAGGAUGUUUCAACCAGUUAAAUAUGUCAAAUUUGGAAGCUGGUUCUUCCAGUGGCUUACCUGUGCUCAAUUAUGAACUUCAAAGAAAUAUGGGAGAUUGCUCCAGCACCUUGAAAGAAAGACAUUAUGUCGAGAGAUUCCUUCCAAAAGAUCAGUUAAAUUUGUUUCCUGGGGACAAUUAUGUGAAAGAGAACCCUAAUUGGCAUUUACCAGCUAGAUUAGGUGUUACUGAAUCAACAAUCACUGCAGAUGAAGUCUACAGGCGAAAUUCCGGGAAUGGAAGCAACCACUCUAUCCCCUUUUUGGAUUCGGGCCAAAACCUGAUGAACAUGUCUUUGGAUAGAUUCAGGCAGUAUGACCAGGUUCAGAAUCAAGACGGCGUUGGGGUUAUUCAUCCAAAGGAAAAUUCAGAUCAGAUGUUGCUAAAUAGGACCCAGCUGACAAUGCGAUUAAUGGGUAAAGAUGUUGCUAUUGGUAGAAGUAGCAAAGAGAUGCAAGGAUUUCCGGAUGGAAAGGUAUGGACUGAAAAGGAAGUCAUAUCAGAGCAUCGUACUUCAAGCUCUGGCCUGGAAAAUUUGUCUGUCAAGAGCCAUUUUCAGGAUUGGCUAAAUCCGGUAUCAGGAAAACCAAAUCAGCUGUUAGAAAUCCAAAGCAAUCAGGCCCCACAAAGUAACACUAUGAUGGGAGGUCCAGAUUCUAUUUUUUUCCACCCAUACAUCUACUGGUAAACUAAUCCACCGUCUGAGAAUGGCACCCUUACCAACAAUAGAAACCAUAGUUCUAAAUUGCACCAUAUUGCUAAUCCCUUUCCUUUCCGUGAAGUGUUGAACUUGACUGGCAAUUUGGAAGAACCCUUUAUACCUGGACCUGAUACUUUAAGAGUCAGCUCUCAUGCUGGAUCUGCUCCUCACAUUAACUGCCAUAUGGAUUGGAGUCCUGCUGAAUUCAACUACAAGCAAAAUCCCCCUCAAGCUACAAAAUCAGUUUUCAACUUUCCUUUCUUGCACCCAGAUUGUGUUGAACCUGUCCAACCAUCUUGGUUUCAGAGCUCCUCUAAGAGCCUGGCUCCAUGGUUGUUACAGACGGCACAAGUAAAGACACCUGUUGCUGGUAGUCAGCCUUUUGCUGGUUUUGAUGGGAAAUAUCAUCCCCAUACAGCUGAACCUAAUCUUCCUGCUACCCCAUCAGUGCAUCAGUCACCUGUAGCUUAUCCUUACAAUGCAAUGACCUCUCAGACGCACAUGCAGAGUUCACUUGGUCCAGUAGCUGUAGUUCGCCCUUCUUUUGUUUCAGCCCUCUCAGGAACUCAACCAGUCUCUUCCAUGAACAUGAGCUACAGAAACAGAAACAAGGCCAAAGACAGAAUGCAGUCAAAAGCUUUAGGCAUUAAAAGCCUCAAUCAUUGCCAGAAAACCAAGAAGAGGCCUGCAUAUAAAGAUGGCUAUUCAACAAAUGCUACUAAGAUUUCUAAUUUAGUAAUUCAAGAAGAUGUAAGUGCUGUGACAGAGUUUACAAGAGAAGAUUAUGGUAGGAAUAUUCAAUGUAAUGCAGGAGCUUCUGAACCCACUUCUAAUAAGGACCGAGCAAGCAGUUCAGGAUGUAACCCACUGGAAGUACAAGAAGAUGUAUAUUCUAUGACAGGGUUGGCUAGAGACAAUUUUAUUCAGGAUAUACAAUAUAAUGACGGAUCCAUAGAACUCAAUUCGGAAUGUGUUGGAGCAAGCGGAGUGGGAUGUGUUCCAAAUGAGAGUCUGAAAAUUGAAGUUAGAACUUCACUUGGCAUUGAUUCUUCUAAAGUGGACGGAAUAGCAAGAUCAGGUCCUAUUAAACUAAGUGCGGGAGCAAAGUACAUCCUGAAACCGAGUCAAAAUAUGGACCAAGACAACUCCAGACUGGUCCAUUCAACUAUUCCUUUUGCUACAGUGCCUGACUCUAAUAACCUCUCUGAGUCUCAGAAAAAAUCAAUUAAGGAUUCCUUCUCUUGGUCAAGCAAAAGACUGUUCGUAUCUGGUUGCUUCUGGGAUUUGGGUGUCUGAGCUCGAAGAUAAAAGUUGAAGUCCAGUAUUUAGGCUUUUUGCUGCUACUUUAAACAUGUGGUAUUAUGUUACCGUGUUUUAUAUUCAUCAAGUUUUAUUAGAGAGAUCUGUCUCUAGGUUAUACUUCUAAAUUUUGUUCUUAAGCUGUUUAUCCAGGCACACAAGUCAUGCUUAUUUUCAUUCCAAAUGACUUGACUUGCUGUUUUCAAUAUUUAGCCGGCUGAAACUUUCAUCUUCUAAGCAUAUAUUGUUGGUGAGAUGAUUUUUUUGGCUACUGUGUGCAUAUGAUUAAUGAAU